UGAGCAGCUAGCUGGAUAAAGAGGAACAACUAGGGAAGGAUACUCAACAUAUUUUGCCUUAUAACACCUGAGCUAGCGUUUAGCCUAGAUUGAUAAUUCACCUACAUUAGAGGGGGGGUGUCUUUAUUCAAAUGUAGCGUUUUAUUUUAGACUUUCUUUCCGGUUUAAUAGUAGGCUAGCGCUUUCUCUAAACUUGAGGUCGUGUGAUAGUUUGCUGUACCAGGAUAUUAUCAGAUAGCUGCAGUUAAUUUCGCUUUUUUGUGUGGUUGUAUGAAUGCAUGCUCUAGCUUAAGCCGAAUCGGCUGGCUGCGUUUUGCACACAAGGUUAAAAUUAGCUUUAGCCAACUAGCUCCUCACUCUCCUCCUGCAGCUGUCUUACUUUCUUAUGCUGACUUGUGAGUGCAGGUGUGCUUUAAAUAGGCCAGGUGUGCUGUGGGAUAGAUAAGAGUGCAGUCCAGCUGUCCACCUCAGGGAUUUGUGCCACUUUAAGAGAGGUCAGAGGUGGUGAAAAUGCUGCUCUCUCUGGUCGUGCACACUUACUCGCUGCGGUACUGGUUUCCAGCUACCAUCAUGCUAGGGACAGCUCCAGCUUACCUGCUGUCAUGGGGGGCCUGGCGCUUACUUUCAACUGUCCUACCGACCAAAGUGUAUCACAAGCUGGACGACCGACUUUACUGCAUCUACCAGAGCAUGGUCCUCUUCUUCUUCGAGAACUACACAGGAGUGGAGAUUGUUAUAUAUGGAGAUAUACCAAAGAACAAAGAGAAUGUGAUCUACCUGUCCAACCAUCAAUGUACAGCUGACUGGAUAAUUGCCGACAUGCUGGCCAUCAGGCAGAGCGCACUUGGUCAUGUCAGAUAUGUCCUUAAAGAUGGACUGAAGUGGCUCCCGCUUUACGGAUGGUAUUUUUCUCAGCAUGGAGGAAUCUACGUGAAACGAAGUGCAAAGUUUAAUGAAAAGAGCAUGAAGAAGAAGCUAUGUUCUCAAACUCAGGCAGGAGCACCAAUGUACCUUGUCAUCUUCCCAGAAGGAACUCGGUAUAAUCCAGAGCUCAAGAAUGUUAUCGCUGACAGUCAGGCUUUUGCCACUAAAGAAGGGCUGGCUAUUCUGAAGCACACCCUUACACCCAGAAUGAAAGCCUCUCACAUAGCCAUCGAGUCCAUGAGAGGCCACCUGAACGCUGUGUAUGACAUCACAGUAGCCUACGAGGGAACGAUGACUGGGAAGGGUCAAAGAAGACCAGCACCAUCAAUGCCAGAAUUCCUGUGCAAAGAAUGUCCCCGAGUCCACAUACACUUCGAACGUGUGGACAUAAAGGAAAUUCCUCCAGAGCCAGUGUUUUUCCGAAGGUGGUUGCACGAGCGGUUUGAAAUCAAGGACCGGCUGCUGACGGAUUUCUACGAUUCGGACGAUGCAGACAAACUAUGCACUUUCCCCGGGGAGGCCAGACCUUCUCCACUGCCCCUCUCAAAAACCCUCCCGUCAUUGAUGAUCUUGGGGGGACUGACACUGCCAUUACUGCUAACGGAGAGUGGCAGAAAACUGUACGUGAGAACCUGGGUGUACGGGACACUUCUGGGAUGGCUGUGGGUGAAUUGUUCCCCUUAACGAACAGGGUGGAGGCUGCCACAACGAGACGCAUAGAAGACAAGACAUGGAGAGAUGUUGCCAUUUUUCUGCAUCGUGUUACAAGCUGUGUUCCAGAUGCAGAACAGUAUCAGAGAUUUUUCCCACAUGUCUGGCUCACUGUUGACCUUGAGCUGAAAACCGAACAGCGACACAGAGAAAUUUUAAGCUUUUUGUGCUACUUGUUCCCUCGCGUUAUUUGCAACCGCAGCCUGAAAUGAUGAAAAAAGAGUGGAUUUGUUGAAAAGUAUUAGCUUCCUCAGAAAUAUCCCUUCAUCUCUACAAUAAGAUAAAAAUAGCUACAAUCCCCCCCCCCCCCCCGCCCUGCUCAUCUGCCAAAUUUGUAUUUUUGCAUGCUCACUUUUCCAUCAAACAUUGGCCAGAUUUAAAGCUGUUAUACAACAUUUAUAUUUUAGCACAGGAGUGUGCGGAGAACUCUGAAAACAAGAUUACAACAAGAUGCACAACACAAGCCUGCUUAUUGUGGGCCGUUAAUUACGAAGUGCACUGACUCAUUGGUGUUGGUUGUAAUGCUGUCUGCUGUCUGUUUAUGCCAAGUCCCAAAUCAGAAGGAUUAUGCACUUUGCUUAUUUAAAGGCCCUGCGUGCACAAACAAAUACACCUGUGUUGUAAUUUAUUAUGCCUCAUCGGACCUCCUCUCAGGACUGUGUUGGGUGUGUACAAACUGUGCUUGAUUGACAUCUCCCUUGCUUUCCUGCUAACUUUGCUAGACCUGUCACUCCUCAAUCAUUCUUGUCGGUACAUCCGGGUGUAAUUCUCAGCAUAGUCCCGCCCACAGGUUAACCUGAGCAGACGUCUGAUGAGCCAGAAUACUCAAACACUUGUAUGUGUGUGCAGAGCCUUUUAAAGUGAUGUUUUACAUUAGUAGAACAUAACUGAUAGCAUCCGUCUCCUGUAGGGGUUCAUAAACGCGACACCAGCUGUACUGUUUACCAUGAAUAUUAAGACAUGAAUUUGUUUUAUAUAGAUAAUGAAUGUAGCCAUAAAAAGAAAAGUAUUUUAUGCCUAUAUAAUGUUUUAUUUUUUAUUUUUUGAAGACCCAACUGUUAGCAUUUAAAGACUGGUAACACUUUAUUUUACAUGUCCCUUAAUUUCAUAAUUAGUAAGUAAUCAGCAGGUAUUUAACAGUUUAUUUUAGGACAUUUAGGACAACAGUUUCACAGCAGCUACUUUUGAAGUUAGCAGUUUUUUUGUAUUAAACUAUAUAUAUUUCCUGAAAGUAGUUGCUGUGUUAGUGUUCAUUCUUGGGACGUUUCUUUGUAAUUUGGCAGUAUACAGUAGGCUAAAUGUGCUUAUUGUUUAACUUAGCUUAUUGUUCUCUAAUUGUUUAACACCCUUUAAAAUACACACUGAAAGUAUUUUCUGUCAGUUUAAGACGUUUUGCAAAUUUACACAUAUGUAUGAACCCAAAUAUAAUUUAUAAUUUAAUGGUCACUUAUCAAAGUAACACUUGUUUCUGAUUUUCUUUUAAUAUUGUACCACAGUGCACCACCAUCUCUGUAAAAUGUCUUAAAUAUGAACUGUUAAUUACCUGCAAAACAAUCAGAAAUAUUCCAGGAAAUUGGUAUAAAAUUAAAGGACUUUUAAAGUGUUACCUAAAUAUCCUUAAAAAAUACUGUAUGUUAUAUAUAAGAUUGUCUUUGUCUUUGAACUCUGAGGCUCAUAUGGGAGGAGUGCAUGUGUAAAAAUUUGAAAAAGUUCUAUUGAAGUGAAAUAUGGCUUUAACCUUUAAAAUGUCAAUCAUUGCCAAAACCUGGUGUGUUUGCCCCGAUACAGUAAGUGUGAAGUUGAGCAAUACUUUUCUAACAUGCCCAAUGACAGUCCCGAUGACAGCAAAAACUCUUCAUGUAUUUUCCGUUGUAGUUGUUUAUUUUGUUGUUGGUGUUUUUUUUUUCUUUCUUUCUUCUUCUUUUUGGCUUAAAUACAUUAUAAAUUGAUUUUUAUAAUCGUAUCUGUGUUUGGAGAUCUUCACAGUUCCAGAAACGUUUUAUAUGCAUUUUCUUACUUUGAAUACCAUGUUACAGACCACAUUAAAGUAUCUACCUAGAAAAAGCCAUGAUAACAGUAUAUCGCAGGUUCCUGUGCACUCAAAGCCAUUUGUAUAUACGUCACUGUAUUGUGAAAUGCACUGUAUGUUUGUCGUCGUCGUUUACUGUAUUGAAAACCAUUGCAUUUUCCACGAGUCACUUUACAUAUUUGCCAUCUCGUCCUCCUGUAGAGCUAGGCUGAGAUAUAUUUUCCUCAUGUGGAUGUUAGAGUAAAUCUCAUGGUUUUUACAUGUCGCUCCAAUACCUCACUUGAAUAAUCCUUCCUUGUUCUUAAAUGACACCUUGUCAGCUAUUUUAUAGUCAUUUUUAUCCUGACAAGAUCAGACUGUAACUCAUCAGGAAACUCUCUGUAGACAGUAUUUAAAUGCCAACUGUUUCUGGAAAUGUGUGCCUUCUCUUUGGAGGAGUUGGUCCUCGGUCCUCAGCCCACAACCAGAGGACCACAGUGGCUCAUUCCACCAGAUGACCGCAUGGAGGCGCUCUGCUCUCUGCCACAUGUGGUCACAUUGUCUACAGUUCAUAGUGGCUUAUUUUGCUCUGAAAAUGCAUUGAUUUACACUUUUUGAGGACUAUUAAUAAAUGAUUAUAAUGUGUAAAGUUAUGGAAAUGGGGAUUAAAGUGAAAUAAAGUGGUUUUCUUUGGGGAAA